AUGGCAAGUAGAAGAUCAAUCGAUGUAGAAAGGUCCGACCAAUCUUCGACAAUCUCCAAGCAAUCCAAUGAACGACAAAGGGUGAACCGAAGACGAAUGCAAACUGUUCUCGUCAUCUGGUUGGACAGUAAUAUCGAUGGUAAAAGUGACGAUUGUCAAAAUACACUUACUCAAUUGCAAUCGGUGGCGAGCAGUAUCGAUACCUUCAUAGAUGUUGAUCUAUGUGUGGAUUUUAUUCGAGAUAUUAAAGACGAGAAGGCAUGUUUGAUUGCGUCAGGAUCGUUGGGACAAAAGAUCGUACCUCGGAUUCAUAGUAUGCCUCAAAUGGACUCGAUCUUUAUCUUUUGUGGCGAGAAGAAAAUGCACGAACAAUGGGCGAAGAACUGGCCGAAGAUACAAGGCGUUUUUACGGACAUUGCAUCGAUUUGCCAAGCACUCAAGGAGGCCGCUCAACGUUGCGAACACAAUUCUAUGCCAAUUUGUUUCGUACCACCGGAUAAGAAAUUAGAUCAACUCGAUCCUUCGUUUAUGUACACGCAGAUGCUGAAAGAAAUACUUCUCACUCUGAACUUCGAAGACAAGCAUGUGGCGAAGUAUGCCGACUACUGUCGAGAUACGUUUGUCAAUAAUAAAAAAGAAUUAGAUAAUGUGCAACAAUUCGAGAACAAAUACCGACAGAAAACACCCAUUUGGUGGUAUUCUUAUGAUACAUUUCUGUAUCCGAUGCUUAAUCGCGCGUUACGAUUGAUGGAUGGAGAUACGAUAACACAAAUGGGAUUCUUUAUUAGCGAUCUUCAUCGCGAUAUCGACCGACUUCAUAAACAACAACAUGUUGACCAUUCUAGUCCGAAAAGCUUCACGGUUUACCGUGGUCAAGGUCUAUCGAAGACGGACUUCGAAAGUAUGGAGAAAAGUAAAAAUGGGUUGAUAUCGUUUAACAGUUUCUUAUCCACCAGCAAAACUCGACAAGUUUCACUUCAGUUCGCUCAAAAUGCUGCCGUCAAUCCGGACUUAGUGGGUGUGGUUUUUAUCAUGAACAUUGAUCAGAUUCGGUCCAGUACACCUUUUGCUGCUAUUCGUGAUGUCAGCUAUUAUCAAAAUGAAGAUGAAGUUCUCUUUCCAAUGCAUACUGUUUUCAAAAUUCAUGAAUUAAAAUCAAUGAAUGGAAAGAGUCGACUCUAUGAAGUGAAACUAGCGUUGAGCAGUGACAGCGACAAAGAUUUGAACGCGCUGACUGAUCGCAUCCGAAAACAAUUUCCAUUGCAUAUCGAUGGAUGGUACAGGCUGGGCACAUUGAUACUCAAAAUAGAACAAUGGAAUAAAGCUGAAGAUGCUAAAGAGAAAGUUCCCAAUCAUCGUGAUAAUGUCAAUAAAAAGGCACCCGUAUACCAUCAACACGGCAUGAUUAAAUACGAUAAAGAGAAGUAUCAAGAAGCAGUGUCAUUGUAUGAAAAAUCAGUUGGUAUCUAUCAUAAAGCUCUUUCCUCGAAUCAAUCUGACAUGGCCACUUCUUACAACAACAUCGGUUUGGUGCAUUGCAACAUGGGCGAUUAUCCAAAAGCGUUGUCAGCGUACGAAAAAGUUUUGACACUUCGCAAACAAGCACUUCCACCUAACCAUCCUGAUCUGGCUCCAUGUUACGACAACAUCGGCUCAGUAUAUCAAAAGAUGGGCGACUACGAAAAUGCACUUUUAUCACACCAAGAAGCUCUUCGAAUUCGAAAACAAUCUCUUCCUCCGCAUCAUCCCGACGUGGCGACAUGUCUCAGUAAUAUCGGAUCGGUAUAUCAGAGCAUGGGCGACUUGCCAACAGCGCUUUCUUUCUAUGACAAAGGUCUAUCUAUUCGAAAACAAAUACUACCUUCUGAUCAUGCUGACUUGGCUUCGUCCUAUGUAAGUAUCGGUACGGUUUAUGAAGGGAUGGGUAGUUACGCAAAAGCCAAUACAUUUUAUGAGCGUGCUAUAGAAAUCGAACGACGUUCGCUACCUCUGAAUCAUCCAAAGCUUGAAAAUUCUCGAAAGAAACUUGAAUAUAUCCAAACAAAACUCUAA